AUGACUUCAAGCAAUCUGAAAUCGGAAUAUGACAUCGUCUUCGCGGGAGGGGGCACCGCGGCCUGCGUUACGGCUGCUCGUCUCUCGAAAGCUGACCCUAGCCUCUCCAUCCUCCUGAUUGAGCAGGGCGGCGAUAAUUUGGACGAUCCCGCUGUAGUCACGCCCGCCAUGUUCUUGAGUCAUCUGUUUCCGGGAAGUAAAACUGUCUUGUUUCACGCCGCCAAGAGAGAAUCCAGCCUCGCAGAUCGUGCAUUGGUGGUGCCUUCUGGAGGAUUGCUCGGCGGUGGCUCUUCCAUCAACUUUACCAUGUAUACGCGAGCUUCCGCGGUCGAUUUCGACUCUUGGAAAACAGAGGGAUGGGACGGGACAAGUAUGCUGGCUCUCGCGAACAAGGCAGAGAAUCAUCAGUUGAAUGACCCAAAGAUUGACAAGAGCGCUCAUGGGCAGAACGGGCCCAUACAAGUCAGCUACGGAACCCACCACCCCAACAUGAAUCAUGACGACAUCUUUGACGCUGCCCAGGCUGUUGGAGUACCUCAAGUCUCCAACUUGCAGGAUUUUGAGGUCGGUCACGGUUUCGAGCGAUGGGCCAAAUAUAUCAGUCCCGACGGCAAGCGACAAGACACAGCCCACUGCUACCUCCAUCCGUUGCUGAAGUCGGGCAGCUAUCCUAACCUUCACAUUCUAACCAACUCGAUCGUCACCCGAGUCAAAUUUGAAGGCACGCGCGCCAUUGGCGUUGAAUAUGAGCCGACCACAAAUUCCGCGAAAACGGCGGCGGCGUUCAUCGCUACCAAGAAGCAAGUGGUCGUCGCUGCAGGUGCUCUCAACACCCCUCUUAUCCUCGAGCGAUCCGGCAUUGGGAAGGGCGAACUGCUGCGCGGACUCGGAAUUGACGUUGUUUCUGACCUGCCUGGUGUGGGCGAGGACUACCAGGACCACAACUUGAUCACUUACCGGUACAAGGCCAACUUGACACCGGAGACGUCAUUUGACGGCCUUCUUAGCGGCCGGGAAGAUUUUGCCAAGGCUUUGGAGGCGCGCUCCACCAAGAUGGGCUGGAACGGCCUCGAUGUCGGCGGCAAGCUGCGGCCGUCCGAGGACGAGGUCGCGCAGCUGGACCCGGCGUUUCGCGAGUGUUGGGCCCGCGAUUUCAAGGACCAUCCUUCGAGGCCAAUCAUGCUUCUAGUCUACUUUUACGGCUACUUUGGCGACCACGUCGCGCUGAAUGAGCCCGUGGACAACCCGGCGCACUACAUGACCAGCGGUGCGUACACGGCGUACCCUUAUUCCCGCGGCAGCGUGCACAUCACGUCUACAGACCCUCGCUCGCGAUCUGACUUUGUGACGGGUUUCCUCAAGAACCCCGUCGAUCUGACGAAGCAGGUGUGGGCGUACAAGAAGCAGCGCGAAAUCAUGCGCCGCAGCGACAAGUAUGCCGGCGAGGAGCCCACCAGCCACCCCAGAUUUCCCGAGGGCAGCAAGGCCGCAUGUCGGGAUGGCCCCGCCGUGGCAGGCGGUUUCAAGAGCAUGCAGGAUCGGGCCAGUCUGUCGCCGAUUGAGUACAGCAAGGAGGACGACCGCGCGAUCGAGGACUGGAUCCGCUCGCACAUCGAGACGGCGUGGCACUCGCUGGGUACCUGCAAGAUGGCACCACGAGAGCAGGACGGUGUGGUGGACAAGGAUCUGAAUGUGUACGGGACGCAGGGCCUGAAGGUGGCGGAUCUAUCAAUUGUGCCAGAGAAUGUAUGUGCCAACACGUACAACACGGCGCUGAUUGUCGGAGAAAAGGCUGCGGAGAUUAUCGGCCAUGAGCUUGGACUCACGGUCUAA